AUGACCACCAACAGAAACCUGAUUCUGCUCACGGGCGCAACCGGAUUCAUUGGGUUCAGAGUCUUGGUUGAGGCUCUGAAAGCGGGUUAUGCCGUUCGGUGCGCUAUUCGCAGUAGCCAAGCCAUCAAAGUCAUUCUUUCGACACCGAGCAUCAGAGCUCUGAAGCCGAGCGAGCAUCAACUUUACUGGGCCUUUGUCCCUGACAUGGCAGUACCCGGAGCUUUUGAUGCAGCUGUCAAAGGGGUCAAGUACAUCAUUCACUGCGCGUCGCCCGCGUCCAAUACCAACGUGAGAGGGUCGGCGCCUACCAAUAGCGACGAGUCGCAGGUCCAGACGGCCAUCAACAGCAUGUGCUGGUUGCUUCAGAGCGCCUACAAGCUGAACCCAAGCACGGUGCUCCGAAUUGUGUUCACGAGCUCGCUCACUGCCAUCAUACCACCUGCCUACUUCAAGGGUCAGGGAGGGUUGACCGGCCCAGCUUUUGAUGCCGAGAGCCGAUUGCCCACGCCCUCUGCGCCGUUCGCUUCAGGGUCCGGCCCGCACGCUGCUAGUAAAAUCGCGGCACUGAACGCGUCUGAGAGCUGGGUGCGACACUUCCGACCAUCCUUCGACCUUGUCUCCAUCUUGCCAGCGUGGGUCUGGGGUCGUCAUGAGCUUGCUGGCACGGUAGAUGAGCUCACCAAAGGCUCGAGCAGCGUCGUCAUCGAUUUCCUUCGGGGUCAACGUAAUGACACGCCAAUGUGCGGAAGUUUCAUCGGGAUCGAAGAUGUUGCAAAGGCUCAUAUCCUCGCACUCAAUCCUCAAGUAUCGGGCAACCAGUCAUUCAUUCUAUCAUCAGACAUGGCGUGGGAAGAUACCAAGGUGGUAGCACAGAGGGCUUUCCCAUCUGUCUUUGACAAAGGCAUCUUCCGCGCGGACGGUACGCAGGAGUCUGCCUGGAUCGCGAUUGAUGCGAGCAAGACGGAGCGUGUCCUUGGUCUCAAGUUUCAGAGCCUCGAACAUGUCGUCACUGACGUGGUGUCCCAGUGGCUUGAGCUCUCGCAAGCACGCUUGGGUGAGUGA